AUGACGGGCCUAAUCAAAAACGAAGCUAAGGAGAACUAUGGGAUAUUCCGCGAGUGUGUCUCGAAGUCGAUCCUGAACCGCUCUAUAGAGAAAUCCGGCGCGGCUCGACGGCGGCGGAAUAGAAAACGCAACGCCAGAGCCAGCUUUAGCAGGGUUUCGUUCCCGGAUGAUAAUGACCCUGCUGAGCUAGCAGAAUUUAUCGAUUUUGUUGCCCAAGAGAUGUUCAGGUCAUUCCCAGAAAACGUGCAGACUCUCUCAUACAACGCCAUACAAUCAUCCCCUGCUCUUGCAGACACCUAUGCAGGAGGUAUCUCGGGAAAUACUAUCGACUUUCUAGCUUCCUUGGUUGACCCAUCAAUAUCCGAGUCUCUGGUCACCUAUGGCUUAAUGUCGGAGGCUUCUGACCUGACGACUAUGCUUUGUUCUAUCUUCAUGGAAUUCUCAUCUACCGUCACUGCAAAACCGCCUCCUUUCAGUGCCACUAGAACCACAGCCUGCGAGAUUUGUGAACGGGAUUGGAUACCCCUGACCUAUCACCAUCUUAUACCUAAGGCUGUCCACAGCAAAGCUCUAAAGCGUGGGUGGCAUGAAGAGUGUGAUUUGAACCAAGUUGCUUGGCUGUGUCGUGCCUGUCAUAGCUAUGUGCAUAGAAUGGCGUCUAAUGAAGAGCUGGCUAGGGAAUGGUAUACGGUUGAAGCGAUAUUGGGGAGGGAAGACACCCAGGAAUGGGCAAAGUGGGCAGGUAGACUUCGUUGGAAGUCGCGGUGA